GCCCAGUCGAUGCAGCGUUGUAUUAAAACCAAGCGCACACAGGAGGAACCUCAAGACCCUUUCUGGUUUCCUCCAGAAUUCUGAAGUUGCUACAGCGGACAGGACUGUCUCUGAAUAACACACUCUCCCAGACGCUUAAAGAUACAAAAAAUAGCCGGAAUAAUGGUUUGCUGUGGUCUUGUGACGGCUAAGAACGAACCAGUUCCUUUGAAGAGCAUCGAGGUGGAGGUGGAGGUGAGAGACCAUGUGGCUACAGUGGUCUCCAACCUCAACUAUGAGAACAAGGAGGACAAACCAGUAGAAGCUGUUUUUGUCUUUCCGCUGCCCGGAAAUGCUGCCGUCUGUCAUUUCAGUGCUAAGAUUGGAGGUAAACACAUCGUGGCUGAGGUGAAGGAGAAACAGCAGGCUCGUGAGGAGUACGAUGACGCACUCAGCUCCGGUCAUCAGGCUUUCCUAUUGGAGGAGAGCGAUCAGAGUCCAGAUAUAUUCACUCUGAGCGUGGGCAGUCUUGCCCCGGGCGAGAGCGCCGCCAUCAGGCUGGAGUAUGUCACUGAGCUGGCCGUAGAGGCCGAUGACGGGCUCAGGUUUUGUCUGCCUGCUGUGCUGAACCCCCGCUACUGCCCUCAAGGCAGUGAAAGUACCAGUGUCCAGGUGACCCCAGUUGCAGCCUCUCUUGUGCCCUACACUCUGUCCUUCUGUGCUCGAGUGUCCUCUCCUCGCCCAGUCUCUAAAGUGGAGUCCAACUGUUCUCUGGAGCCCCUCCAGUACCUGAACACAGAGCAGAACCAGGCCACUGUGAAGUUGGCAGCAGGACACAAGUUCGACAGAGACGUUGAGCUGCUGAUUUAUUACAAAGAUGCUCAUCAGCCCACGGCUGUGGUGGAGGCAGGGCAGGCGACUGCCAAAGCUGGGACUCUGAUGGGUGAUCCAGCAGUGAUGUUGAGUCUGUAUCCUGAGUUUCCUCAGACUGUCAUAUCUUCACUCGCAUCAUGUGGAGAGUUUGUUUUCCUACUGGAUCGGUCCGGCAGCAUGGACUGUCCAACCAGCAACAGCAAGCAUCAAGAGACCCGCAUUGGCAGUGCAAGGGAUACUCUGCUGCUCCUGUUGAAGAGCUUGCCGAUGGGCUGCUACUUUAACAUCUACAGCUUCGGGUCCACUUUCGAACACAUCUUCCCUAAGAGCGUGGAGUACAGUGAGGGAACCUUGGAAGAAGCUCUUAAGAAAGUUCAGGCGAUGGACGCUGAUCUGGGAGGAACAGAGAUCUUUCAGCCUCUCAAACACAUCUACAGCCAGACCUGUAUUCCUAAUCAGCCCCGACAACUGUUUGUCUUCACUGACGGUGAGGUUUGCAACACCAAAGAAGUGUUAGAUCUAGUGAAGAAGAAUUCGGGCUCCCACAGAUGUUUCUCUUUUGGGAUUGGUGAGGGAGCGAGCUCUGCUCUCAUCAACGGGUUGGCCAAAGAGGGACGAGGUCACGCUCAGUUUGUUACAGGCACGGACAGAAUGCAGCCCAAGGUGAUGCAGUCCCUGAGGUUUGCUCUGCAGCCGGCAGUGCAGGACAUCUCAGUCUCAUGGCAUUUGCCCAAGGGAGUGUCUGCAAAUGUUGUAUCUACACCACUCACAUCCAUUUUCCAGGGUCAGAGGUCACUGAUUUAUGCCCAGCUCAUUGGACAGAGCUCAGAGGCAGCAGAGGGCAGUGUGACGGUGAAGUACAGUCUGGCAGGUCAUCCCACUGAGAACCAGCUGAAAUUCAGUCUCAAACCUGCAAAGGACACUGGAUUAACAGUCCACAGGUUGGCGGCUCAGACUUUGAUCCGUGCCCUAGAAGCAGAGCAGAGGGAGGAGAGUGGACAGCCUGAAGAAGGACUCAAGAAGAAGGUGAUAGAGCUCAGUGUCCAAUCAGGCGUCAGCAGCUCCUUUACUGCUUUCAUUGCUGUCAACAAAGACAUUAAUGAACCAAUCAAAGGACCCCUGACGCGCCGAAAUGUCCCGAUCCCAGCAUUUGCAAUGAUGCCCAUGAUGUACAUGAGUUGUUCCGUGCCCAAGAUGAGGAGCUGUAGAAGUGCCCCUUGUCCUCCGGCUGCUGCAUACUACUCCCCAAUGGCGGCGAGUUCAGUCUGCUUUGAUGCAGCAGAUGAAUCACUAGAAGCUGCCAAAAUGUAUUUGGCACCUUCAUCUAGAGUAGAAAAAUCCAUUGCUAAGCCACUUAGAGACCCUCUGCUGGAACUGGUUUCUCUACAAAAGGCGUCUGGAUGCUGGAUGCUGGAUGCCGCUCUGGCUACAGCUCUGGGAAAACCCAGCAAGGAGUUGAAAAAGAAAAAACCUUCGGCUGUGAACAAUGAUGUUUGGGCCACCAUCCUGGCUCUGAUCUGGCUUCAUGGAUCAAAGAUGGAGGCCAAGGAUGAGUGGGAACUUCUGGCUCUGAAGGCUGCCUCGUGGCUCCGUGCUCAGAAUGCUCCCAGCGUGGUGGAGUGUGUGGAAGCUGGAAACACACUGUUGGGUUUCAGUGUGCAGAAAGAUGCCCUGGGUCUCUGAGCAGUGACGUUCAUUGCCUUAUUCCUCUGCAGCCCUGCCAAAGACACAGUAUUGAUAAGUGACCUACAAUAUAAAAAAGCCUAUUAUUUAAAGGGCCAGCCAUCACAGCCAUAACUGUAACAAACAUGUGUUUAGACACGUACAACUGACUAGCGCACUUAACAAGGAUUUAAGGCCUUGCUCGUGUUUCUCUCAAUAUUAGGUUCUUAAUUCUUCACUUGUAUCACUUUAAUCGUGUGCCUUGACGUAUUUGCACUAGAUCUGUGUAGGAACAGCCAUGUAACCAGACAACUGUUGUUCAGGUUUGUGCUUUUAUCAAAGAUAGUUUUGUCCAAACAUUAAAGUGUAGCAUGUGUCUGCUAAACGAAUCUUAAAAGU